ACUCUUUCUCUCUCACAAUACACAUGCAGUGGCCGCAAAUGCAGGAAGCACAGCUCUAUCAUCAGACAGUGGAAACACAACCACAACAUGCAGGGCUGAAGCUGUUCGUUCAUUGAAGGACAACUCUACUGACCAAUAGUUGUUGUUUUUACAGAUGAGAAGGAGAGAGAAGAAACACUUACUGUCUGAGACCUGAGAAGAAAGGAAAGGAGAAGAGGAUAUAGUAAAUGAGAGAUACUUGACUGCUUUCUCUGAGACCUGAGGACAAGAGAAGAGAGGAGAUGAUAUAGUAAAAGAGAGAUACUUUACUCCUUUCUCUGAGACCUGAGGACAAGAGAAGAGAGGAGACAAGAAGAGACAGUAUUUUUCUGUUAUGAUUUUAGUCUCUGAUGGAGGAUGUUCUUCAGUGAUGCAGAUGUAACAGCCUGUGAGUCAGGACAUGCAAUUCUACUACGUGUACGUGGGUGACCAUACGUGGGCGACCAUGUUGGGCCAGAGUGUCCGUUUGCAGCCAGUACCCAUCCAGAGCCUGUCUGAGCUGGAGAGAGCCCGGUUGCAGGAUGUGGCCUGCUACCAUCUGGAGAAGAGGGACCUGGACUUCAACAUCAGCAUCCCCAGAGAAAUCCGCAAGAGGAGGAAAUCACUCAGACGGAAGUUUGACUCCUCCAAAGAGAAGAAAGAGAAAGAACGAGAGACAGCCGCCAAGGCGUUUGGUAUAACCCUCUCCCAGGCGAUAGCCAACGACCGGGCGUACAAGCAGCGCCAGGAUGCUCUGAAGGAGAGCAGAAGAGACUGUCUGGAUCUGGAGGCCAGCGUCCUGAUGUUCCGGGCUGAAAAACGCCAGCUUAGCGACGGGAACAAACCCCUCUGCAGCACGGCUUCAUCACCCUUCAGUGGAUCUACAGCUUCGUCUUCAUCAUCCUCGUCAGUGCUGGAGCUGCACAGCAAGCCGCUCUCACCCAGGUUCCUGGAUAACACGGCUAGAGUGCAGAGACGGGGUGGCCUAUCAGUGGACUGCAUCUCAGAUCUUGUAGAGAGUCAGUCCCGCCUGUUGGAGGCGCUACAGCUGUCCCACCCUGCAGAGCUGGAGCUGAAGAAGACUGCAGCCGGAGCCGGGGGGCGGACCCAGACCAAGCUCAGCCUCAACCCCAUCUAUAAACAGGUCCCCCGUGUGGUGGAACGCUGCUGCUGUCACAUAGAGAGACACGGGCUACAAACUGUGGGGAUCUUUCGUGUUGGCAGCUCCAUAAAGAGAGUUCGGCAGCUGCGUGAGGACUUUGACAUGGGGACAGAUGUGUGUCUGGAAGAGGAGACCAGUGUCCAUGACGUAGCAGCCCUGCUGAAGGAGUUCCUCAGAGACAUGCCUGACCCUCUACUGCCUAGAGAGCUCUACUCUGCUUUCCUCCACGCCAACCGACACCAUCUCUGGACCACAGGACACCAUCUCAGGACCACAGGACACCCACCACAGGACCAGGUGUUCCUAGGCAACAAGAUGACAGCAACUAACCUGGCGGUGAUAUUUGGUCCCAACCUGUUGCAGGGGGAGAGGGGCGGAGGGGACAGGGAGAUGAGUCCUCAUUCCAUGGACAUCGAGGACAGCGCCGCCAUCAUCAACGUCACCCUGCAACUUAUACAGAACUAUAAGCAACUAUUCACGGUGUCAGCAGAGCUCCAACAAGAGGUGCUGAUGAGUCUCAUUCAGACAGAUCCUGACAUCAUCGACUAUCUUCUCCGCAGGAAACUCAGUCACCUGGCGGUGGGGACAGUAGAUUCUACGGGGAGUCGGCGGGACACGGGGGUGUCUCUGGACUCUGUGGGGUCAUUCAGUGAUAGCCUGUCACCCCUGGAGACCCCCUCGCCACUCUUCAACUUGUCCCCCCUGGAGCCCCCCUCUCCCCUCUUCAACCCUGACGGGCCCGGGGACGGCAGCCUGACCAGUGAGGUGUUCUUUAACCUGGAGGCGCUACGACACCACAACAACAAGAAACGCUCCAACGUGAUCCUGUCCAAGUCCAUCGGCCAGAUGAGACAGUUUCAUUCCAACCACAACCUCCUGAGUCUGUCCCAGUCCUCUAGCAGCUCCAGAGUCCACCCAGAGGACAGCUACCAUGCCCAGGAACAGAGGGCUCCACUGGGGGAAGAUCUGAGCUUCACCCUGGGGGCUGCCUCAUGCUCCAGCCUGGGAGGACAGGGGGAUAACAGUGUCUGGGUGAGGCAGACACCCCAGGAGGAAAGAGAGAAACAGGUGGCUAACAGUGUCUGGGUGAGGCAGGCGCCCCAGGAGGAGAGAGAGAAGCCAUCUCCAAGUCAUUCCAGUUAUUUCUGGGACUUCUUCACAGGGAAGAGCUCGGGGUCAGAGACCAUGGUAUGAUAGGACACGACACUGGGGGGUGCGGUGGAGGGGUGAGUGCAUUCCAGGGGCGGAUUGGGACUAGAAAUCGUUGGAGCAGCCCACCGGGCUUUUGUCGGUUCUGCCAGUUUCUAGGCUGAUGGAAGGUGGUUUGACCAUGGACUCUAUGGGGGCGUCCAGUGGUAGCCUGUCACCUGACCAUGAGAGAGAGGGUAUAUACACGUGUCAGACAAGCACAACCCAAACAAACAUACUAAACACACUGUUUAAAUACUAACACUGCUUGGGACUAACAUUACCAAGGAAUUUUAUAGAUAUAUUUUUUUACUAUUGUUCCUAUAUCUCCUUUGGACUCUGUGUGAUGCGGCUGCAGACUAUGUUAUGGUACACUAUCCCUUAUUACAGUACAGCUUUUUACUCAGCUCAUGAAUUAAGUUUGAAACAUUGGUUACAAUUAUGGGGGGGGGGGCUUCAGCUUCUGAUGCAAAAAAAACAAGAAAAUGGGGACUCUUCUUUCUAUUCCACAAGAGGGCAAACUUUACCACACCUCGUAUAUACAUCAUCUGGCUGCUGUGAACUGGACCCAUUACCCCACUUCACAGGACGAUUUGAAUUAACUACCAGGGACAAUAUGGCCGUAGAUAUGUUCUACAACUAAAGACAUUAGUUAAAUAAAGUUUACAUUUAAAAAAUAUUUUAAAAAGACCUACCUAAAGAUUCUGGGAAUGCUGUGUACUGUACAUACCUAGCUGAAGAUGGAGAAUGCUGUGUACAGACCUACCUGAAGAUUGAGAGAGAAUGCUGUGUACAGACCUACCUGAAGAUUGAGAGAGAUUGCUGUAUACAGACCUACCUGAAGAUGGAGAGAGAAUGCUGUGUACAGACCUACCUGAAGAUGGAGAGAGAAUGCUGUGUACAGAACUACCUGAAGAUUGAGAGAGAAGGCUGUGUACAGACCUACCUGAAGAUGGAGAGAAUGCUCUGUAUAGACCUACCUGAAGAUUGAGAGAGAAUGCUGUGUACAGAACUACCUGAAGAUUGAGAGAGAAGGCUGUGUACAGACCUACCUGAAGAUGGAGAGAAUGCUCUGUAUAGACCUACCUGAAGAUUGAGAGAGAAUGCUGUGUACAGACCUACCUGAAGAUUGAGAGAGAAUGCUGUGUACAGACCUACCUGAAGAUGGAGAGAGAAUGCUGUGUACAGACCUACCUGAAGAUGGAGUGAGAAUGCUGUAUACAGACCUACCUGAAGAUGGAGAGAGAAUGCUGUGUACAGACCUACCUGAAGAUUGAGAGAGAAUGCUGUGUACAGACCUACCUGAAGAUGGAGAGAGAAUGCUGUGUACAGACCUACCUAUAGAUGGAGAAAGAAUGUUGUGUACAGACC